UGCUGUGUGAGCUGCUGCCUGUCCUGACGUGGUGGUGGAGGAGGAAGUUGUCGUGCCAGUGACCAGUGAGGCCCACUAGAGGGACCAUGUUUUAGAGGCUCCUCCCUCUCCACUAGCACCUGGAGGUCCGGCUUUGACCCUGUACAAUGAACAACGAUGAUGAAUUUUACGACGCCGUAACAGGUAAGUGGCCCUGUCCGCGCAGGGGGGGCUUAGAUAAUAGAAUGACUUACAAGACCUUCAGAUGUAACCACAAACCGGUAGGAGAAUGGAACACACACACAAAUCAAAUGUUAUUGGUCACAUACACGUGUUUAGCAGAUGUUAUUGCGGGUGUAGCGAAAUGCUUGUGCUUCUAGCUCCGACAGUGCAGUAAUAUCUAACAAGUAAUAUCUAACAAUUUCACAACAUAUACCCAAUACACACAAAUCUAGUAACACUUUCUGAGCUAAUAAUGUAAAAAAGAAUGCAUAAAAAAACAAAAUGCAAAGUUUCCUAAGAGUUAGUCGCGAGGCCGCCAUCAUCGUCGGCACCAGGAUAACAAACACACACACACACACACAGAGACAUAACAGUGACUGUGACUCAUUUUUUGUCUCUUGGCGUUUUGGAAUGUUGCUUUGACACUGUCAUGGUCAGGAGUUAGAGAUGUGUCUUUGUACUGUACCUCACACUGUGGCCCAGUGCCACACAAUAUGCUGUAACCUUAGCAGCUUAACUGAUAGCAUCAAUAAUGCAGUGGUCUAUUCACCGUCCAUGAUGGGCGUUUGCCAUAAACCUGCCAUAAAAAUAUGAUGCUUAGUCAGCUGGAUGUGGUGGUCAACGCAAAGGGUGUUGCUAAAAACAGCAGCGGAGAUGUGUGUGCGGUUGUUCAUGUGUGCCUGCGAGGGGAUGAAAGGAUGUAUAAAGAGAGAGUGCGCUGAAUGUGGGGUGACCUGCUGAGCACAGUGUGUCUUCACAAUAUUGUUCCUGUCUAUCUGAUCCUCUAAUGAAGCCCAGAUCACAUGGCUAGAGGUGUUCCGGUUGACUGAGGCCAAGCAAAUUAUUAGUGACAUCAUUUAUUUACAAUUUUAACAGGGCACCACACCUUUCUCUUUUCAACAAUAUCAAUGCUUGGUUCAGUGUCAGACAGUGGAUGUUAUGUCACAAUGUGUAUCACGUCAUAUUUCGAUCAGUUCUGCGGCUCCCUCUCAUGUAGUCAUUGCUUUGACCCGUAGCCUAAUUGUCAGACUGUUUUACUUUAUUUUUAUAUGUAUAUCAUAUCAUUCUAUAUUAGGUAACCUGGUCAGGCAAGGUGAGUUAUGUACUGUAUAGCCGUUCCCUAAUUUGUGGCCAACCCUUAAUGUGUGUGUUAGGCUUGGACUCUGAUGAGUCGUAUGAAGGCACGUCGGAGGCCAGUUUUAAAGAUGCUGUGGUGUAUGACGGCACCCAGAGGAACAAUGGCUCCAUGUCACAGGAGAACGGAAUCAGCAAGCGCAGGUACGCUCAGAUUCCUGCUGUGUCCUCUCCUCCGGGUCUUCUGUCUGUUUCUUUCACUCUUUUGCUUUCUGUCACUUUCGCACUCUCUUCUUCUAUCUUAAUCUUUCUCUCACUCACACCCCCUCCCUUCCACAUUCUUAAUAGCUUUAACCCUGGUAGAAGACUAGCCAGUUCUCAUGCUCCUGUUAUCUCUAACCCAGUCAGGCAGUCAGUAUGAUGGCACCCAACAGAUCAGCCUCUACCAUCACAUACUGUGUUACUGAUAGUCAUCAUAGUGAUACUCCCCUUCACUCUGAUUCUCUACUAGACACUAAUAUGUUGUCUCUCUGUGUGUGUGUUUUUGUCUGUCUGUCUUAUCUUAACAUCUUUCAGGUCAACGCUACCUGCCCCAAUGUUCUCCAGAAACAACUUUAGUGUGUGGGGCAUUCUGAAGAAAUGCAUUGGACUGGUAAGGGCUAUGGACCAUAUCUAAAGAAUCACUUCAUGAUCACACAUUUGUUUUUAGACCAUGACAUUCUCUGGGUCUCUACUACGCUAGUGAGUUUGAAUUCAUCCCACUUGUGUGAAAGUAUUUUUGCGUUCUAAUCUAGCUUUUCUCUGUGUGUGUGCGCGCGCACGUGUGUAGGAGCUGUCCAAGAUCACCAUGCCCAUCGUAUUCAACGAGCCUCUGAGCUUCCUCCAGCGGAUCACCGAGUACAUGGAGCACACAUACCUAAUCAACAAAGCCUGCUCGCUGUCCGACUCCAUAGAGCGCAUGCAGGUCAGAGAGAGACUGAACACAUACACGCACACUGUAUCACCAAAUUAAGCUUCUGAUAACCCAGUUGAUACAUAUGUAGCUGGAUCACAACUGGACUGUGUGUGUGAGCCAGUGAAUCCUGUCGCUGACUCCUCCCCGCCGGUCUUCCCAGGCGGUAGCUGCUUUUGCCGUAUCGGCCGUGGCGUCGCAGUGGGACAGGACUGGAAAGCCCUUCAACCCUCUGCUAGGAGAGACCUAUGAACUAACGCGGUGAGGGGACAGGACUGCAACACUCCCAUACAAAGUGGCAUAGAGAGGCAUUGUAAAAAGCUGUGUAGCUCUGGACAGUUACUCCCAGCUUUACCUGCCUUCACCCAUGAAUUUAACAACAACACUUGUUUUCCUCCUCUGACCUUAUUUUCAAUAUGCUAUGAUAACAAUCUUUGUCUCCUUCUCUCCUGCCUGCUCUCGCUCUCUUUCUCAUCAUCCAUCCCUCCCUUCUUCCCCCUCGCUCUCUCUCCCCCCCAGAGAGGACCAGGGCUACAGGCUGAUCUCAGAGCAGGUAAGCCACCACCCGCCCGUCAGUGCCUUCCACGCUGAGAGCCUGGUCGGGGACUUUGUCUUCCACGGCUCCAUCUACCCCAAACUCAAGUUCUGGGGCAAGAGUGUGGAGGCUGAGCCCAAGGGAACCAUCACACUAGAACUCCUCAAGUGAGUCAAACGUGGGUGGGUGGGUUUUUUGUCCUAUAGCUUGUCAUGGGGUUUUGUUUGGUUGUUUUCUCUGCUUUGUCAAAGUCAGUACCUCUUCAGCUUCUAUAAUCCUAUUUUCCUUUGCAAAGUCUCUGUUUGUUGUGUGUGAGUCCAUUGUACUGAGACUGUGUUUGUUGCCCUUCUCCUCCCCUCCUCUCCCCAGGCACGGCGAGGUCUAUACGUGGACCAACCCUUUCUGCUGUGUACACAAUGUCAUCCUGGGCAAACUGUGGAUCGAGCAGUACGGCACUGUGGAGAUCCUCAACCACAGGUGAAUAAACGACUGGCUAUUAUAGUUUGUCUUAAUUUACCUUCAAUUUCUGGUUUGGAAGCAUACAGAUGUAUAUAUCCACCACUUUCAGCAUAACAGACUGAGUGAUCAAUCUUAAAUUCCAAUUAAGUCAAAUUUCCACUUAAUUAUGCAUUGACGUCAAUGGGAAACCAAGUGGGAGUUAGGAUUCGCCCCUUAAUUUGUAUUUGUAACGACAUAAUGGUAUGGAGUGAAGACAGUAGUUGAGCCAUAAUGGUAUGGAGUGAAGACCGUAGUUGAGCCAUAAUGGUAUGGAGUGAAGACAGUAGUUGAGCCAUAAUGGUAUGGAGUGAAGACAGUAGUUGAGCCAUAAUGGUAUGGAGUGAAGACAGUAGUUGAGCCAUAAUGGUAUGGAGUGAAGACAGUAGUUGAGCCAUAAUGGUAUGGAGUGGUUUGUCUAUUCUCCUCAUUGUUCUUGUCCCUGUCUGUUCUGAGCAGUACUGGAGAUAAGUGUGUGCUGAACUUCAAGCCGUGUGGCAUGUUUUGGAAGGAGCUGCACAGAGUGGAGGGCUACAUUCAGGAUAAGAGGUAUGUGGAGGUAUUGGCAUCACUGAGACACAGACUAUGGCUUACUUCUCUGGUCCUGAAUUCACUGGUCCAGUUUCAAGUGUUUUCGGUGACACUUUUGCCUGGGUUGUGUUCAGUAAGGUUUCUAAACGUUUUCUCCCUACUAAAUACGGUCCUGGUGGGUAUAAUAAAUCAUAUCUACCAUUUAGGAGACUCUUUUAUCCAAAGCGACUUAGUCAUGCGUGCAUACAUUUUACGUAUGAGUGGCCCUGGGAAUCAACCCACAUUCCUGGGGUUGAAAGUGCCAUGCUCUACCAACUGAGCCAUACAGAACACACAAUGAUAGCACAGUGUCAUUCUCUGUCAGUACAGCAGUAUUUGGUUGCUGAUGUGUCCUCCCCUCUCUGUCCCUGGCAGUAAAAAUAAGCUUUGUGUGAUCUAUGGGAAGUGGACCGAGUGCAUAUGGAGCGUGGACCCCCAGACGUACGAGUCCAACAAGAAGGCUGAGAAGAAGGGAGACUCUAAGAAACAGAAGAGUCCGGUGAGUGGGCAUCUCACAACAUGGAGGUAUUUUCGUAAAAGUAAAUUAUAUAUAUAUAUAUUUUUACAUUAUUUUAGCAGGAAAGAUAUUACAAGUCAUACAUAUCUCAGUCAACAUUUUUUUUUAAAUCCCAAGGGAAAGGUUUGGAAACCAGUGGAAAAAAACACACCUACACCUACGCAUAUACAGUGGGGAAAAAAAGUAUUUAGUCAGCUUCCAAUUGUGCAAGUUCUCCCACUUAAAAAGAUGAGAGAGGCCUGGAAUUUUCAUCAUAGGUACACGUCAACUAUGACAGACAAAAUGAGGAAAAAAAAUCCAGAAAAUCACAUUGUAGGAUUUUUUAUGAAUUUAUUUGCAAAUUAUGGUGGAAAAUAAGUAUUUGGUCAAUAACAAAAGUUUCUCAAUACUUUGUUAUAUACCCUUUGUUGGCAAUGACACAGGUCAAACGUUUUCUGUAAGUCUUCACAAGGUUUUCACACACUGUUGCUGGUAUUUUGGCCCAUUCCUCCAUGCAGAUCUCCUCUAGAGCAGUGAUGUUUUGGGGCUGUCGCUGGGCAACACGGACUUUCAACUCCCUCCAAAGAUUUUCUAUGGGGUUGAGAUCUGGAGACUGGCUAGGCCACUCCAGGACCUUGACAUGCUUCUUACGAAGCCACUCCUUCGUUGCCCGGGCGGUGUGUUUGGGAUCAUUGUCAUGCUGAAAGACCCAGCCACAUUUCAUCUUCAAUGCCCUUGCUGAUGGAAGGAGGUUUUCACUCAAAAUCUCACGAUACAUGGCCCCAUUCAUUCUUUCCUUUACACGGAUCAGUCGUCCUGGUCCUUUUGCAGAAAAACAGCCCCAAAGCAUGAUGUUUCCACCCCCAUGCUUCACAGUAGGUAUGGUGUUCUUUGGAUGCAACUCAGCAUUCUUUGUCCUCCAAACACGACGAGUUGAGUUUUUACCAAAAAGUUCUAUUUUGGUUUCAUCUGACCAUAUGACAUUCUCCCAAUCCUCUUCUGGAUCAUCCAAAUGCACUCUAGCAAACUUCAGACGGGCCUGGACAUGUACUGGCUUAAGCAGGGGGACACGUCUGGCACUACAGGAUUUGAGUCCCUGGCGGCGUAGUGUGUUACUGAUGGUAGGCUUUGUUACUUUGGUCCCAGCUCUCUGCAGGUCAUUCACUAGGUCCCCCCGUGUGGUUCUGGGAUUUUUGCUCACCAUUCUUGUGAUCAUUUUGACCCCACGGGGUGAGAUCUUGCGUGGAGCCCCAGAUCGAGGGAGAUUAUCAGUGGUCUUGUAUGUCUUGCAUUUCCUAAUAAUUGCUCCCACAGUUGAUUUCUUCAAACCAAGCUGCUUAGCUAUUGCAGAUUCAGUCUUCCCAGCCUGGUGCAGGUCUACAAUUUUGUUUCUGGUGUCCUUUGACAGCUCUUUGGUCUUGGCCAUAGUGGAGUUUGGAGUGUGACUGUUUGAGGUUGUGGACAGGUGUCUUUUAUACUGAUAACAAGUUCAAACAGGUGCCAUUAAUACAGGUAACGAGUGGAGGACAGAGGAGCCUCUUAAAGAAGAAGUUACAGGUCUGUGAGAGCCAGAAAUCUUGCUUGUUUGUAGGUGACCAAAUUCAUAUUUUCCACCAUAAUUUGCAAAUAAAUUCAUAAAAAAAUCCUACAAUGUGAUUUUCCUCAAUUUGUCUGUCAUAGUUGACGUGUACCUAUGAUGAAAAUUACAGGCAUCUCUCAUCUUUUUAAGUGGGAGAACUUGCACAAUUGGUGGCUGACUAAAUACUUUUUUUCCCCACUGUACAUACAUACACAGCAACACCUCAGCCUCCAUAUCAUUAAUUUCAUAAUACUAAUGUAGAGCUUGCUUUACUUGCACACAAUAGCUUGGUCGCCCCGCCCCAAGUUAUUUUCAAAGCAGAUUGAGCCUAAUAGUGUAUGCGUGUGUUUUAUUGUUUGACACAUUGUAAUAGGCCUAUACAACAUUUACUUCUCUUGAUAACUGUCCUCUGAUUUUGAUUUCCUGAUGAUUCUGGCAGCAUGCCAUGACAUUAUGUCAAGGUAAAAAACAGUAGUCUAGGUCACUGUUGGUAGUCUUUAGCCCCUAUGUAUGUUCUAUAUAUGGGUCUUUCUAUAAAUUAAGGGGCCAAUGUGUGACAUUGGAUCAACAUUUCAAAGUUCCUCGUGUAUUUAGAGAAAUAAAAGUGUAUAUAUGCCAAAUUAGUCCACAACUCCACCUAACAUCAACAACAUAGACCUAGGACUAUAUAUCCUUUAAAAUUGCAGGUGUAACAUGGACACCAAAAUGUAUUUGUAAUUUCAUAACCUGAUCACCAGAUUAUAUUGUGAAUAGGGCUGGGUGACAUAUCGAGUUAAUUUGAAUGUAUUUUGUAGCGCGGAUUUCCAAAUGCCUGUAUUGCAAUUAUCAAGUUUUUUAUGAGCGUUUAUGUCCGCUUGUUCUCAUGUCUUUUUGGUCUCGUCUCCCUCGCUCUUUCUGUGCUUUGCAGUGUGCACGUUCCAGGACACAACGUUCCAGGACACGUUGAGACACGUUGAGACAUUAUUUUACUGUAACAGAGGAGAACUUAACCUUUCUAACGCCCUCUUUGUCUUGACUCCCAAAAUUGCACACAGAGCAGACACUACUAAACUGGAGUAUUAAUGAACAUUUAUUCUGGAACAACGUUCAGUUUCUGUUGGCACAACAUUACGGUACCAAGUAGCCUAAGGCUUGCAGCAUUUUAGCCACAGAGUGUUAUGUGCUAGCUGUUUAGUCUGUUUUAUAAAUGUAUAAUGAGCUUAAAAAGCAUUUAUAUAAGGAAUUGACAACUCGUUCUCAUUCUGAGAAAUAAGCAUCUUCUUAUCCAGGUAGGACCUAGGUCAUUCAGUGAUUUUUAAAAGACUAAUGCGAGUAGCCUACUACUGAAAUAGAUAAAUGGGGCUGUCAAUUGAGCCAGAAAUCCACAUUUAAAAAAAAGCCUCUAAAAAAAAGCCAACAUUAUAAUAAUCAUAUUUAUAUCCAUUUUGCAUAAAUGUACAUAAAUAAUUAGCCUACAUGUAAAAGUCUAGCCUAGGUUAUAUGUGUAUUGGCUACAGCCUCAUGUCCACAUCGAUGCUGACAUGAGAGGCGCCAGAAUAUGUAGCUAAACUUUAAUGAAAAGUUUAAUUACAUAAAUUUAGGCUAAACGCCAGUCAUGUUUGACAAUUCUAAUGUAGGAUAAUUAACAUUAACGUCUUGAUUCUGUUGACACAUUUGAGGCACAGUUCAUUCAGAUGAAAUGGUCACGAGCGGAGAGAAAGGCCAAUGCCUGUUGCGUACCAGCCACCUUGCAAUCUGAGUGAAGGCAGUCGGCAUUCACAAUCUUAGUCAUAUUAACAACCCAUGUUGCUUGUUGCAUCUGUAGAUCUCCCCUCUUUCUACAUUUCUAAUGGAUAUUUUCACGUCACAUGAAAAUACUCGCAUAUGCAUUAUUUUUUUUGUGUUCCCGCUAAUUGCAUUUUGGAACAUUUGCGCAUAGGCUACUGGUGUGCGUCUUGCUGCACUAAUAAUUUGAAGAAAUAAUAGUUUAAGCUAAACGUUCUGAUCUGUUGCAUCAGCCUCAUUUGCUUUUGAAUGUGUUUUGAUGUACAGUAGGCCUAGUUGUAUGAAUUGUGGAUCUAUCAUCCUAGAACUGUCCCAAAGUCUGUUUGAACCGUCCCAGACAUAUAUAUAUUUGUUAUCAUCCACCGGGACAACGGGGCGCCCUGCCUAUAUAGCCUACCCAGAGAGAAAGCACAUAGUUCUCUCUCUGAAACUGUUGGAUUAUUAUUUCUCAGUUUCUCUCCCUUGCUGUGUUGGCUCUAGUAAUGAUUGGUAGGACUGGGUGCUGUCAGGAUGCAGCUCGUGCUGCUCUCUCACUCAUUUGACUCAGCUGCCUGCUGCAGCAAUCUCUCAACACCAAUGACUGUGUUCAACACACACGCACACCCCUCCGGCCCUCCCGUUCCUCCCCAACACUCACACACUCACUCAGCAGCAGCCUGCCUCACUGCCUGAUAGCCAGCAGAAGCAGGUCACAGUGAAAUUAAUAGAUAUAAAAAAAAAUACAAGAGAAAUGCCAUGGUGGCCACGGUUUAAUUUAGAAGUAUGCAAACAAAACGCAACCCGCGACCAAUACCCGCGACAUUGUUUUCAAAGUAGACCAAUUUGGCAGGAAAACCGCAGACAUGGCAACCCUGGCUAGUCUUGAAGUGUAAAGAUUAAGCUGGCCACUCCUUAGCAAGUUGGCUUGUGCUUGAGAGACCUGUGUUUAUUUUCUAUAAUGCGUUCACCUGCUACAAGAGCUUGGUCAUUAUAUGUGGAUGGUUCUGGUUAAAUUUGUAACAAAAAGGGCAUUUUCAUAAAAAGCCAGAUCAAUGAUUACUGCAAAAAGGCAGGUUAAACUAUUUUAAUAAAAUGAUGUAAUUAUUAGUGGGUCUUAUGGUUGUGGAAGGCUUAUAUUUAGCCUAGAUAUAAUUUUACAAGCCCUGAAUUGAUUAUAUUGCUGUUGACUGUUUUAAAUGCUGUAUAUUGACCUUAAGCCCACUUGGCUACUAUGUAAUGUGUUGUCAUUCUAAUAUCCAGAAUAAUGGAAAGGAAUAUGGUGUUGUGCAAUAGUCUAUCCAACACAAUUGCGCACAGUAGACUGUGUUAAAUCUGAGGCACAGAAACGCAUGAAAACAUUCACUCAUUACCUUGAUGCUUUCUCUGUUAAAUCUAACGAGAUCCUGCUGUAAAUCAAGCAGACAACACAUAAUCAACAUCAAUUUACUAGGGAUAUUAGAUCCAACGUGGAUCACGGCACAACUGUCUUCACCGAUGUAAUGAAUGUGACACCAAAAUAUUCUGGACAUUUUUUGCAAUCACGUUUUCCCUGCACUUUAGCUGUUAGGUCGCACGCUGUAUCAUAACAGCUGUUUGUCACCUGACAAGUAUUCUGCAUAAUUAUUGAAGAACCACGUUAAUGACCAUAUUGAUAUUGGUUUUAAGUAUCAAGUUAAGGUGACUUUCGGUUAGAAGCAUUUGAUUUUACUAACGCAGACAUUAUUUUGGAUUUGUGUGCCCAUGAAAACUGAUUUCACGCUGUAACAUAAGGACACACUAAAUAUUACGUAGUCACAGUGCAUUUCCGAGAUCUCGAUGCCCAAAAACAGACAAUCUUCUUAACACCCGCUCGCUUAACCCGGAAGCCAGCCGCACCAAUGUGUCGGAGGAAACACAGUUCAACUGACGACCGAAGUCAGCUUGAAGGCGCCCGGCCCGCCACAAGGAGUCGCUAAAGCGCGAUGAGUCAAGUAAAGCCCCCCCGGCCAAACCCUCCCCUAACCCGGACAACGCUGGGCCAAUUGUGCGCCACCCUAUGGGACUCCCGGAUCGAACCCCAGGCUGUAGUGACGCAACUCCCCCCUUAUAUCUUAAUGUAAUGACAUGAACAAAAUUGGCAGAUUAUUAUCAAUGACUUAUCAACAGCGGAAACAAGUUGUCCACUGCAGAAAAUCCUCACUGGUACCCUAGUUUAUAGAAAGACCCAUAUAGUAAACCAUUGAGAACAGUAUGGUGUAUGUUCAUUUUAGUAUUCUGUUUGUAGUAGACAUAGUAUACUCAUGGAACAUAUCCCUUGCUUAAGUCAUUUCUGAUGUUUUUGCUUUAUUCAGAAGGGAAAUACACAUUUUCAUUUGAUUUUGUAAAAAGUGCUAUUUAUAUCUAGACGUGUGUGUACGUGUACACAGGAGGAGCCUGAGGGGGCAGACAACGAUGUUGCAGACAACAUGCCUGAGGUCCAGGAGACAGUAGCUGUGAUCCCUGGCAGUACCCUGCUGUGGAGAAUAUCAUCACGACCCCAACACUCUGCUAAGGUAACACACCGACGUGUAAACAAACACAUGCUCAUACACACACACGCAGGGCUUAGCGUAUACCCAACAGCUUACACACUAUUUUUCUACCAUUUACCUACAGUAAAAUGGGUUUUUCCCUGAAUGCAUUGAAUAUUACAUUUUUUGCAAUUUUUUUUGCUUAUGACAGUGUUUGAUGUGCUGUUAUUAUGCUGGUCCCUAUUGGCCAAUAGAUGAAUUACCUGUGAUCACCUAGGCACAGGUGUGUCAAGGAUAUUUAAUUGCUUCUCCUCCACACACUGAUGAAGGCCUAAGCCGAUACCCGUUGGUGUAUUUUAAUAAUGACUUGGCUCACAAAGGCUUUUUAACUUUCAAACCCACACGAGUGCCUGGACUCAUACUUAGUACCCAUUUGUGGUUAUAAUUUUGCCUUUCAAUUACUAUUCCCCUCCAAGAGCACCUGUGGUUGUUUUGGAAUACCUGAAGUGCUCCUACUUAUUUUUCUUCAAGUUUACACACACACACACACUCAUCGAUUUUGAUGGUGUUAAUUCUGUAUGAUCUUGUUUUUCCAGAUGUAUAACUUCACUAACUUUGCCAUGUCGCUGAAUGAGCUGGAGCCUGGCAUGCAGGCCACCCUGGCCUCCACAGACUGCCGCCUGCGGCCCGACAUUAGAGCCAUGGAGAACGGAGACAUAGGUAAUGAAGUCUUUCUGCUACAUCCCCACACUUGCUAGAUGAUGCUGCCCUCUAACGUUCCCUUUGGGUGGUGCAUUCACAUUUCCUAUUUGUGUUCAGAUUUCUUUCUUUUUUUGGUGGAGGGGUUGUUAAGUAUGUCAUUGAACAGUAAAAUAUCCACAUACCCAAAGUAUUAGAGGCUGGUUUAUUGAAGUUAGGGUUGUGUAUCGGCUUUUAAUUACAGAAGAAUACAGUGGUCAGAAUGGUCAUGUACCAAUAGGUAAUGGAAGAUCCUAUGUUCUUGUUUGUGCAGAUGAAGCCAGUCGAGAGAAGGAGAGGCUGGAGGAGAAACAGAGGUUGGCGCGGAAAGACCGUUCCAAGGACGAGGAGGAAUGGUCCACUAGGUGACAACUGGGCGUCCUCGCAUUUCAAGAUAACCAUUUUUUAUUUUUUUUAUAAAAUACUUGAAUAACAAAAAGGUAAACGGUGGUAUAUAUUUUUUUAAAGUAAACCAUAAUAACCAUAAUUGUGUUUUAUCGUGUCUUCCAGAUGGUUCCAGUCAGGCACAAACCCCUAUACGUCAUCCCAGGACUGGCUCUACACAGGGGGCUACUUUGAUAGGAAUUACUCUGACCUUCCUGAUAUCUACUGAUCCAGGGGGGUUCCAUGAACACCCCCACCCCCCUAACACCACCCCAAUCCCUUCAGCCUCCCUUCCCCCCCCCUGCCAGUCCCCUGGCACCCCUGUUCUAAGCACCACACUGUCUCCCAUUGGAACUCUGAAGCGGCGAUAGCCUCUCCUUGGGUAACACAUGCGUCUGUGUGAGCACAAUCCUCCCCUCCACAGGCUCCUAACAGUGAUGGAAGGGAACAGUCAACAGUGAAAUCAGGGAUGUGAAUGCUCCUUUGACUGAUCAUUGGUUUGAAGAUUCUUUGGGACAUGUUUGUGGCAGCACAGGUGGAAGCAGACAUGAACAGAGACUGUGAGUCUGGAGGAGACUGUUUUGUGAUUGAACAGGAGUGCAUUGUGGGUACCCCUCCCUCCUCCCUAUUAGACCUGGGUUGAAUACCUAUUUCAAAUAUUCAAAAUACUUGAGCUUGAUUUAACUUGUUUGGCAUGUGGAGUUUGCACUUUUGGAAUUAUUCCAUUGGUUCCAUUGCGCCUGACAAGCUAAACACAGCACACCUGGAGUAUUCCACCCAGGUCUGGCUGUCCCCUAUAUACGUCCAGAGGGCGAGCUUCUCAUCACUGUACCUGUCAUGUAAUGUAACCUGUAUGUAUAGAUAAGAAUAAUAAUCAUUUGACCAUAUAGGCCAAUCACAUACAUCGAUCCACAUUGGCCACUGCUCAGUCUGUGAAUACAGCCCCUCAGUCAGGCAGUCAGCUAGUAAUUCCCCCAGCAUAAAUUAUUCCUUUGUUACUCUGCUGCAUGGCU